AUGGUUCACAGCAACAUCACCAUCUUCCACCCCGCAGUUUUUGUGCUGCUUGGCAUCCCUGGGUUGGAGGAUUAUCACAGCUGGUUGUCUAUACCCCUUUGCCUCAUGUAUGUCACCGCAGUCCUGGGGACUGUCAUCACAGAAUGGAACCUUCACGAACCCAUGUAUUUCUUCCUCUCUAUGUUGGCCAUCACCGACAUCUUGCUGUCUACCACCACCGUGCCUAAGGCCCUAGCCAUCUUUUGGGUCCAUGCCCAUGACAUUGCUUUUGAUGCCUGUGUCACCCAAGUCUUCUUUGUCCACACGAUGUUUGUGGGGGAGUCAGCCAUCCUGUUAGCCAUGGCCUUUGACCGCUUUGUGGCCGUCUGUGCCCCACUGAGAUAUAUGACAGUUCUGAUGUGGCCGGUUGUGGGAAGGAUUGCUCUGGCCAUUGUCAUCCGAAGCUUCUGUAUCACCUUUCCAGUGAUCUUCCUGUUGAAGCGGCUGCCAUUCUGUCACACCAACAUUGUCCCUCAUUCCUACUGUGAGCAUAUUGGCAUGGCCCGCUUAGCCUGUGCCGACAUCACUGUUAACAUCUGGUAUGGCUUCUCUGUGCCCAUUGUCAUGGUCAUCAUGGAUGUGAUCCUUAUUGCUGUGUCCUACUCGUUGAUUCUCUGAGCAGUGUUUCGUUUGUCCUCCCAGGAUGCUCGGCACAAGGCCCGCAGAACUUGUGGGUCUCACCUCUGUGUCAUCCUCAUGUUUUAUGUUCCAUCCUUCUUUACUUUACUAACCCACCGCUUUGGGCAUAACAUUCCCUGACACAUUCAUAUCCUGCUGGUCAAUCUUUAUGUGGUGGUGCCACCAAUGCUCAACCCCAUUGUCUAUGGGGUAAAGACUAAGCAGAUUCGGGACGAGAUAAUCAUCUUAUUCUUUGUGUCCAUAGUGACAUUUAUGGUCUCAAGUGAGCAUUAA